AUGCAUACAGGCCAGUGUCACUGCGGUGCAGUCAAGAUCGAAAUACGUGGUGAGCCAGCAGCUAUAGGCCAGUGCUUCUGUCGCGACUGCCGUAGAACGUUGGGAAGUACGAAUGCACUGAACUGGUUUGUUCCGGCUGAGCAACUCAAGCUCGAAGGUAGGGCGGUUUGUCGUUCUUCGAGACAGGCAAGGACUAACGGUUUAUUGGCAAGUGAUCCGAAAACGCACGCCAUGAAGGGUGGUAGCGGCCACCUUGUGACCAACUACUUUUGCGCCAAUUGCGGUGUGACCUUGUACCGCGAGGGCGAGGUGAUGCCUGGAACUUUGUUCGUAAAGGCAGGCGUUUUGGACGACGUCCAAGCUGUCAAUCAACUUCGCCCCCACGGAGAGAUAUUCGUGCGUACUCGGCCUGAUUGGGUAACUCCUGUCGCAGGAGCUUCACAGAAGCAGGAAAUGCUAUAG